AUGUCCGGCAAACGCGCGAACACAUUUGGCCAAGGCCGCCCGGAGCGCCCGUACGAGGAGCGCGAAGAAGAGGCUGCAGAGAUCCCGCAGAAGGCGACGGCUGCACAGCUGGCGGCGCGCAAGAGGAGCCACCGUAAGUACCCCCCAGUCACCCGCGCGCUCUCAACCGCAUCUGCAUCCGCAUGCGCACCCGCAUCCUCCAGUGCAGCCUGCGCGAUGGCGUCCAAAAGAUUCCACUCGACGGAAGGGCGGCGCCGGAUACGCCGCGAGCAGGAGAGACGAGAGGCUAAUGCGCGCCUACAGACACCGUCCAUGAGUGCAAGUUUCGCGGCGCCACAGCCCAGCGGUUUCACUUUUGGAGCCUCAGCAGCACCCGCAGUCGGCGGAAACGACAACAGCAACAAUAACAACACAAACGGCAUGUUCGGCGCCAGCACCAGCACGUUCGGCGGCGCGACCAACAGCUUCCCGCCGUCACAGUCAGCUACGCCUACCAACAACUUCACCUCCUCAUCCUUCCCUGCCUUCGGCGCAACCAGCCAAAGCACCGGCUUCAACCUGCAGCCGCCUUCAUCAUCCAACUUCGACUUCAGCGCCGGUGGCAGCAGCUUCAAGUUCACUUCAGCGACCCAGCCUCCCGAGUUUAGCCAGACUGGCACUCCCGUGGGCAACAUGUUUGGCUCAAGCUUCAGCACGCCCGUCGCGAACGGCAAAGGCAACGCCAAUGGCAAUGGCGCGUCGACUUUUCAAGGUGGUUUCAGCUCGCAGACACCGACACAGGGCAAUCCUUUCAGUGGCCUUGCGCAGAACAACGCCCCCAGCGCGCCCUCGAACAAUCUCUUUAGCACAACCAGCAGUGCACCUGUCUCGAACAUGUUCGGCGCCAACACGAGCGCGCCCACCAACAACAUAUUCGGUGCCGCUAGCGGUGCGCCCACCUCGAAUGCGUUUCCUGCCUCGAACAUGUUCAACACCACCAGCGCACCCGCCAACAAUAUGCUCAGCAGCGCACCCUCCAACAACAUGUUCGGCGCCACCAGCAGUGCACCCUCUAGCAAUAUGUUUGGCACCACCAGCUCGAGCGCGCAGUCUACAGGCACAUCAGCACCCACCAACAUGUUUGGCGGUGUUAACGCGUCGUCAAACAACGCGGCGCCAGCGCAGAGCAAUGCCUUUGGUGGCGGCUUUGGCAGCAACACACAGAAUGGAGCACAUCAGGAGACGUCCAGAAACAACUUCCUCGGCACAGGCACAAGUGCGCAGGGUACGCAGAAUGCGACAGCAACUGCCCCUACACAGAACACCUUCACCUUCGGUGCGCAAUCCAAUGCCACCACCUCUGCGGCUGCUAGUAAUCCUUUUGGAUCGCUCCCAAAGCCAUCAGAAUCGUCCACUUCGCUCACCUUUGGCGCGCAGGCGCAAGAGAAGACCCCUGCCAGCGCGAGCAACCCCUUUGCCGCUAUCAAGCUGCCUGCAGAAGCUGCGGAGACCUCAAAGCCCUCGCUAUUCAGCAGUGUUCAGGCUCCUCAACCGGCCGACGGUGCGUCUUCAGAGACUCCCAAGCCAAACCUGUUUGCCUCGUUGUCCAAGGGACCGACCACGACCAACAGCCCUGGCUUCAACUUUCUCAGCGCGGCACAGAGCAAGGAGUCAGCGGCGGUUUCUGAGAAGGCUGCCGAGCCACCGGCCGAGAAGGCACCCGAAGCGAAGAAAUAUAAUCUGUUCAGUGCCUUGAGUACACCUCAACCAGCGAAGACAGCAGAGGCAGAGAAACCGAAAGCAAGUCUGUUCAGUGCGCAACCCAAGAUCAGCACCGGUAUGUUCUCACAGACCCCUCAACCCCAGGCCAAGAGUGUAAGCAACACCUUCAAGCCUACGCCGUCAUUCUCAGGUUUCAAGUCACAAGCGGCGUCUUCCCCGGAGGCAUCCAAGGGCUCAACCACACAAGCAGCUCCAGCGAAAGAAGCAUCCAACCCAUUCUCCAAGCUUCCCGCGCCCUCUACCGAUCGUCCAAAUCUGUUUUCACCAGCUCAGCAAGCACCGGCCCCCGCAUCUGCACCAUCCUCAAUGCCUGCCCUCACUGGCGGCACAGAGCUACCUAAGAUUCCCAAAGCACAUGUCCCACAAGAGUGGAAUGCAGCGACCGUGUCCGCUCCUCAGGGCGGGGACAGUUCGUUCCACCUGAUCUGCAACCUGACUGCGCAGCUACAGCAAUUGAAUGAGAAAUACCGCACGAAGCUGAGCAAUCUCUCAGCGACAGCGGACUGGUCUGCCCUAUCACUCUGGCAUCACCAGCACAGCUCAGCGAUUAAGAAGAAGAUUGACAUUGCCAAGAAGCAACGUGCGAAUGCGAAGGGUGUCACUGGUAACGAAGCGACCGUUACAAAGCGCAAAGUCAACGAUGAGAGCCCCGAGAAUCGCGAUGCGUCACCCUCGAAACGCGCACGGCCUGCCGAGACACCAGCUACUCCUACGCCGCAGCCUUCAGCAUCUACUCCCAAGCUCAACCCACCUGCAACUGCUACCUCGAACCUUUUUGCUGCAGCACUGAAGAAGCCAUCCGCUCCUUCGGAGACAUCUGACAAGUUUGCUUCCAAGCCAGUUCAGACUUCAGCCCCAGCUACCACAGGCGGUUUUAAGCCAACUCCAGCUCCCACUUUAACAAACGGUGGUGGCGGUUUCAAGCCGACUCCCGCCGCUGCAUCAACAAGCGGUGGUGGCGGAUUUAAACCGUCUGUUCCAAGUGGCAGUGGCGGGUUCAAGCCUACUGUCUCAAGUGGUAGUGGCGGAUUCGCAGCUCAGUUUGCAAAGUCUGCAAAGACCCUUGAGCAACUCGCGGCGGAGAGAAAGAAGAAGGCCAAGGACGAGGACUAUGACUCUGAUGAUGAAACUGAAGAGGAGUGGAAGAGGCUGAACGCAUUGCGAAAGAGAAUGGCCGCAGUUGCAGCUGCCAAAGGAUUCUCCAUGCCCACAUCAUCGAAGCCUACCGCCACCUCCACCAGCUCAUCGACGAACGGCCUGUUUGGCUCUCGACCUGCCAGCCCCGCCUCGUCGACCGGCGGUUCAGUGUUUGAUGCUCCUAGCACAGCAAAAACCCCCUCGAACAACAUUUUCGGCCACCUGUCUUCAGGAACCUCGUCCAACCACCAGGAUGAGUCUGAGGACGAUGGUGAGCAGCAUCCUGUCGGGUCAGUCGAGCCAACGACUCCGCCCAAGCGCAAGUUCGGAACUCCAGACAAUGAAGAGACCGAGUCCCUCGACGAGGCAGCUAAGCGUCAGAAGCCAGAAGCUGCACCCAAAGGUAGCCUGCUGUCGCGCAUGACACCAGCUGAUAACACCCAGUCUGAGAAGGAGAACAACUCGCCGGCUCUAUUUGGCCAGGCCAAUGGGAGUACAACCCCAGCAGGCAAACCCUUUAGCUUCUUUGACUUCUCCGCGGCUGGGUCGAAGACUGCGUCUCCUAGCUCGGACACAUUUGCGGGCGAUCAGACGUACAAACCUGGAACUCCGAUCAAGUUUGGUGAAUCAAUAGCAGAGAAGAAGGGCGGAGUUCCCGCCUUUUCUUUCCAAGCACCAUCCACCUCUACUACACCAUCAAAGCCACCGCCCGCUCAUCCACUUUUCAACUUUGGACCCAUGACAGGAGGCUCGUCGUUGACAGCACCGACAAGUGGACUCGGCUCCGCCCCGUCUUCCGUGUUCUCCUCCCGUGCCGCCACGCCUCUUUCUGAGGCCGAUACCAGCGCUGCAGAGGAUGAUGAAGAGGGUGGUAAUCAAGAGCAAGUCGACCUUUCCAAGCUCACCCCCGAGGAACUCGAGUCUAAUGAAGUCGUUUUCGAGACUGAAAUAGCACUUGCCAAGCACCAAGUCGACCAAGGUAACGGCAAGACCUGGGAGAACUUUGCUCGCGGCCCAUUGUACCUUCUUAAGGACAAGGUCUCCGGCAAGUGCUUUGUUCGCAUCCGCAUAGCUAGCGGUGCAACACCUUUGAACUACGUUAUCCUGCCCAAGCUGAAGACACAGGUCAUCGGCAGCAGCGGCAAGAUGGUUCAAGCUACAAUGCCCAAGAAGGAGGGCGGCAUCGCGCAGUUCUACAUCUCAUUCAGGAUGAGCGAGACUGCACAGGAGUUUUCCGAGAAGUACAACGCCAGUCUGCCAUCGUAG